GGCAACAAACUCCCAUGCGCCUGUCGGUCUGCCCGACAAGUCGCCUGAAUGAAAACAGGAGCGACGCCACUAUUAAGUGUAGCUGAGUUGUGGCGAUAAAUAUCAACCGAAACCAUUCUCUGCGGGUGUAAACGGUGUACAUCUUCGAUCAGAGCACUGUUGGCUGGACGUGACAGAGCAGCAUGGACCCACGAAAACUGUCAGAGUUAAAGGGCUUCGUGCAGAUGUGCGAGUCCAGUCCCGACAUCCUGCACCUUCCAGAGAUGGGCUUCUUCCGGACCUGGCUGCUCAACAUGGGUGCAACAAUCCCUCCCCCUUCCAAGACAAAGGAGUCAUGCCAGGGUGGCUGUCCUUGUGGUCCUCGCCCUACACCUUCAUCAGCCCCGCCUCCUGAGCCAGAGCCGCCUGUACUGUCUGAGAGUGAGGAGAGUGAUAUAGAAAUGGACAUGGAGGGAGUGAUCGAUCCAGACACUGAUGAACCACAGGAGAUGGGAGAUUUCGAGGACAUUGAGGUCACAGAGGAGAUGAUGGACCAGGCCAGUGAGAAGAAGAUAGCGGCCAUUGAUGCUCUAGGAGAGGGCGAUCUGCAGAAAGCUCUGGAUCUUUUUACUGAAGCCAUCAAGCUGAACCCCUGCGUAGCCAUCAUGUACGCCAAGAGGGCAAGUGUCUUUAUCAAGAUGCAGAAACCCAACGCAGCCAUAAGAGACUGUGACAGAGCCAUCAAAAUCAACCCAGACUCUGCACAGCCUUACAAGUGGAGGGGUAAAGCUCACAGGCUGCUGGGCCACUGGGAGGAGGCAGCCAAGGACUUGGCCACGGCCUGUAAACUGGACUAUGACGAGGACACCAGUGCAAUGCUAAAGGAAGUCCAGCCUAAGGCUAACAAAAUCAUAGAGCACAGACGCAAGUACGAACGCAAGAGAGAAGAGAAGGACGUCAAGGAGAAACAAGAGCGGAUAAAGAAAGCCAGAGAGGAGCAUGCACGGGCUCAGAGGGAGGAAGAAGCACGACAGUUUGGAGGAGGAUUCUUCCCAGGUCCUGCUGGAUUCCCAGGUGGAGCCCCUCCAGGAAUGCCUGGUCUAGGUGAACUCCUGAAGGACCCCGAGGUGCUCAACGCCAUGAAGGACGCUGAAGUGAUGGCUGCCUUCCAGGAUGUGGCACAGAACCCGGCCAACAUCUCCAAGUACCAGAACAACCCCAAGAUCAUGGCCCUCGUCAGCAAACUGAGUUCUAAAUUUGGAGCUACACCACAGCCAUAGACAGGAACAGACCAAAGAUGAGAUGAGGAGAGGAGAGGGGAGGGAAGGGAAGGGAAGAAGAGGGGAGGGGAGAGGAGAAACGUGGGGAAACAAUCUGGAGAGCCACAACGCUUUUCAACAAUUAUUCCACUGUGUGCAGAUCAAACUGGGAAAUGGGUGACGGGUUAAUUGGUUUCAUGUAGAGAGAGCGGGGGCAGCUUUUUAAAUGUUCUUAGCCUGUUAGCAUUUAGCAACGUCCUGAUGGUAAGAAGUCAGGUAUGAUAACCUCUCCUGACUCGUCUCAGCCAGGACUUUACUUAACCACAGGUUGACAUUUCUUAACCUGUAUCUGGAAAAAGCUAAACUGGGAGCUCCUGCAUUAAGACGCUAGCUCACAAACAUUUUUACAGCCAUUUAAUAUGUGGGAAUGGUUUAGCUACAGGUCUUUUCUUUCUCUGAACAGAGCCGAAUUCUCACACACUACUGUCGGAACUUUUUGUUAUCUGAUCUGUUAUUAUUAAUGCAAAAAAAACUUCACUGAUCUUGAUGUCUGACCCUGUUGAUCAUUCACAAUAAAAAAAAAUUAUUUGCUGAAAAA